GGGACUUCCGGAGCGGCAGUGCUAGCAGACAGACAUGCAGAGGCCAGUGUCCAGUCUGCCGCUGAGUCCCAGCGUCAAGGUGAAACUGCUCAACGCGGGCUUUCAGAUUCUUAAUGAUGUCGCAGCGGUCACGGCGCUCAACCUUAGUCGAGUAUCGCCCAUCACUCAUUUCUGUUGCAGAGGCGGGUCUCAGCCAGCGGGAGGCGCUGGAGGUACUGCAAGCUGUGAGGAAAGAGGGAGGAGCUGACGGAGGAGGAGGAGGAGCUCCUCUGACCGCACUUGACCUCCUGCAGAAAGAGGAGGAGCUAAGGAGCAUCGUGACCUUCUCUUCACAGCUGGACAGCAUGCUCGGAGGAGGACUUCCUGUCGGGAAAACCACGGAAGUCUGCGGCGCACCGGGAGUGGGAAAAACACAACUUUGUCUGCAGUUGGCGGUGGACGUCCAGGUGCCGGCGUGCUUCGGCGGUCUCGGAGGUCAGGCGGUCUUCAUCGACACGGAAGGAAGCUUCGUCGUUCAACGAGUCGUCGACAUCGCCACCGCCGCCGUCCGCCAUUGCUCCAUGUUGGCGGACGACGCGGACCAACGGGAUGCCAUGACCACCUUUAACGUGGACAACAUCCUGUCCAACAUCUUCCUGGUGCGCUGCCAUGACUACGUGGAGCUUCUCGCCGAGGUCUACCUGCUGCCCGACUUCCUGUCUGCUCACCCUCAGGUCCGCCUCCUCGUGAUUGACAGCGUGGCCUUUCCCUUCCGACAGCUUUUCGACGAGCUGUCGCAGCGGACACGCCUCCUCAACGGCCUCGCCCAGCAGCUCAUCUCCAUGGCGACCAAGCACAACAUGGCCGUGGUCCUGACCAACCAGAUGACCACGAGGCUGCGAGGUGGACACUCGCAGCUCGUCCCCGCACUGGGGGAGAGCUGGGGCCACGCCCCCACCCUGAGACUCCUCCUGCGGUGGGCGGGCUCACAGAGGCAGGCCACCAUCUUUAAAUCUCCACACCACAUGGAGGCCACGGUCAGCUACCAAAUCACUUCGGACGGUUUCAGAGACAUUGACCAAUCGGAGCAGCAGCCGAGCAAACGCCCCCGAACGCUCCCCGACCAGUCGGCUGCCUGCUCGAGCAAACAGAUGCAGUUGACUGGCUAAAGCUGCAGUUGUUUUCAGCCAAUCAGAGAGAGGCGUGAUGAAGACCAUGUUUCUUUGCAAAGGUGAAUAAGAUGUCAUUAAAAAACAAUGUAUUUACUUUUUAAAACCCAUGCCUUAUUAAAAGUCAAACUGAUGUCUAAAGACCGUUUAAUCAAUCCAAAGAAAAAUACUUAGUCAGUGCAACCAGUCUCUACAGAUUUCAGUUAGUCCAACUGGUCUCCAAAGACUCUUUAGUCAACCCAAGACACAUUAGUAAGUCCCAAGUUGUCUUGAAAGAUCUAAGUUUAGUGAGUCCAAGUGGUCUCCAAGGAGUGUACUCCUUAGUCCAUUCAAAUACUCUUUCCGAAGUGCUCCUUAUCUUUACAGACAGUUUAGUAAGUCCAAGUUGUCUCUAAAAAAUUUAAUCAAUCCAACUAGUCUUUAAAGACUUCUUAGUACAAGCAACUUGUCUCUAAAAGACUCUUUAAGUCAAACGUAAGACUCUUUAGUAAGUCCAACUGGUCUCAAAAGACUCUUUAGUCAACCCCAAGACACAUGAGUAAGUCCCAAGUUGUCUUGAAAGAUCUAAGUUUAGUGAGUCCAAGGAGAGGACUCCUUAGUCAGUCCAAAGACUAUUUCCGAAAUGCUCCUCGUCUCUACAGACUGUU